AUGUUAACCUUCCAGCCUCCUAAUGCCAGCGUUUUAUUUCAACAGGAACAGGGCGAGAAAAAGGAGAACCCCAUGCGUGAGCUUCGCAUCAGCAAGCUCUGUAUGAACAUCUGUGUUGGGGAGAGUGGCGACAGAUUGACCCGUGCUGCUAAGGUGCUUGAGCAGCUCACAGGCCAGACCCCCGUCUUCUCCAAGGGUAGGUAUCCUAAAUCUGAAUUGUUUGUGAUAAUCUGUGGCGGGGUGUUUGAUGGGUACCUCUUCGAAUGACACAUUGUCACUGGAAAAUGGUUGUGUUUAAUGAGUCAUCCUCCCCAUGUACCCCCUCAGCCCGCUACACUGUGCGAUCCUUCGGUAUCCGCAGAAAUGAAAAGAUUGCUGUCCACUGUACUGUCCGUGGAGCUAAGGCUGAGGAGAUCCUGGAAAAGGGACUCAAGGUGAGCUUUCAAUUUUAUUUGACACUGUCCAUUACUACACCUAUUUAUUACAAACACUGCAUGAAAUGUUUUGGAAUGUGGCUUUGAUGACCUUGCAAAACUCUUAAUCGCCAUUCAUUUUUCAAGGGAAUGUUUCUGACACCUUUUAGUGUAGUGGUAAUAUUUGCUGCUGUUAGUAGCUUUCUAGAGUUCUACAUAUGGUUAAAUUGUAUCACUCGUGUUCAACAUCAACCAAUGGUGUUUCGGCAAGGGGUCAACUUUGACCAUUGUCCACAUGGUUAGGAAUGUAUUUAGGCAUGUUGCUUAAUGUUGCCCCUGCUUAUUGGUAUAACACUUCCUUCCAAAGGUGCGUGAGUACGAGUUGAGGAAGAACAACUUCUCCGACACUGGCAACUUCGGCUUUGGCAUCCAGGAACACAUUGAUCUGGGAAUCAAGUACGACCCCAGCAUCGGUAUCUAUGGACUGGACUUCUACGUCGUGAGUGGCUUCACAUGCUUUAGAAUGCUUUUUAAAUAAAGCUUGGUUUUGAUUUUACUUGCCAGUUGUGUUACGAUAGUAUUUACAUGUCUUCUAAACUGAACCACGCUCUUUCUCUCACUCCUUUUGUUGUCAGGUUAUGGGCAGACCUGGUUUCAGCAUCGCUGGCAAGAAGCAGAAAACGGGCCGCAUCGGUUUCAGGCACCGCAUCCGCAAAGAGGAAGCCAUGCGCUGGUUCCAGCAGAAGGUGUGGCUCAGUAAAAAAAUAAAAAUAUCUGACUGUAAUGGUUUGAAUGGUUUCUCUUAUACAGGGGUAGGCUAUCAUACCUGCAAAUGACUGUUGUGGAUGCAGACUAUUUGCUGUGUGCUGCCAACCAAAAUAUCAAGGGUUUUACACCGACUGUCUGUACCUAGUAUCCCAGUUGGAUUAUAUCCGCUGUUCUGAGGACCACAUGAACUCUUCAAUGUUGACUUUGAUCAUUUUGAAUCGGCUGUUACUGUUUGGCUGGAAUAAAAGCAUGCACUCAGUGCCCCUAUGCAGGUAUGAUUGCCUACCGCUGCUUGAAAGCUUUUGGUAGAGAACUCUGCUGACUCGUGUUGUGUAGUAAGGCUGAAUGACCUGUGUAAUAUUUAAAAAAUGGACAGCUUGUCUUGUGUGGAGCUUGUGAGUAGACUUCUUUGCUAAGCAGCUAAUUGUUGUCUUUCUUUUUUCUUUCUCCAGUAUGACGGUAUCAUCCUCCCCGGGAAGUAA